GCCCACACCACAUUUGUGUGUGUUUGCAUUCCGGAAUUUUUAUCUCUUUUUGAAACCGAAAGACUCGUGCAAGAAUUGGCGAAGCAAAAGAUCGACUGCAGCAACAUCGUGGUGAACCAGGUGCUGCUGCCGAUCGGUGACUGCGACGACAAGGGUUUGCCCCCAAUAUCAGACAUUCGAUUAGAGUCUUUGGGGGCCCCCCAGGGGCCCCCCCCUCCCCCGCAGCUGCUGCUGCAGGCAGCAGCAGCAAGAGCAGCAGGAGAAACAGCAGAAGAAGAAGCAGCAAGACUCAGGAAAUUGGUCUUGCAGCUGCAGCACAGACAGCUGCGGCAGCCGCUGCAGCAGCAGCAGCAGCAACAAAAGCAGCAAGCAGCAGCAGCAGCAGCAACAAAAGCAGCAAGCAGCAGCAGCAGCAGCAGCAGCAACAAAAGCAGCAAGCAGCAGCAGCUGCAGCUGCAGCAACAAAAGCAGCAAAAGCGAUCGUUGUAG